AUGACCGAACAAGAUCCAUCAUCAACCUCUUCACUCAACAAUCCCUCGAUCCGAUCAGCUCUCAAAUCUCGAUGGAAACAAGCUCACGACUUGGGUUUGAAAAUGACUUCACAAGAAACACUCUCGGAUGGAACAUUCAAAUUCUAUCACACUCGAAAUAAUAUUAAUGUGUUUUAUAAACCAACGGAAGAGACUUCUAUUGUGAGAGGAGAAGUCAUUUGUCAAGAUGUGAAAGCGGAUGAAUUUUUGAAAACAUUCUUGACAAAUGAUAUGAAGGUGAAAGUGCAGUUGGAUCCUCAUGUGUUGAGAAGUGAGAUUGUGGAGAAGUGGCAAGAUGAAGAGGGAAGUUGGAAUGUGGCUUAUUUUGCUCGAUCGACUGCACCUAUGAUUGCACCAAGAGAUUUCAUCAGCAUUUUCAACAUUGUUAAAAUUCCCCAAGAUCAAGAAACCAUCUAUACUUCCGCGGGCAUUCCUCAAGAUUUCUCCUCGUAUCAAUUACCCUCUCAUUUCAAACCAUUAGAAGGAGCCGUCCGCGGAUUUAAUGUUUUCACGACCUUACGUCUUAAAGAAUUAUCCAAUGGAGAUUUGAAAAUGAGUUAUGCCAAUCAAGCAUUGCCCAAUGGAUGGAUUCCCUUCAGUAUUGUCAAUGCAGUGAUUUUUUCAGUGCCUCAAGCGUUGGGAGAAACUGCAAAAUAUUUGAGAAAAAAAUUGAGACAUUUGAAUGAGGGCAGUCAUGCAAGCGAGAAGUAA